UAAAAAAUAAUAAGUUCUCUCUCUUUAUCUCGACUCACAAAUUAUAAAAAUCAGAACAACGUGCAUCUACUCCUUAAUAGCUUUCAUCUCCCAGCCAUCUCUUUUUUUCCCCUCUCUCUAGUAAGAGAAAAUGCGAGCAACCAACAAUAAAAAGUAGAAAGAGACGAAAAAAGCUCUCCAUGGCACCCAAUUGAUAAGAAAUUAACUUCUUCUGCGUCCAACAAUUUUUUGAAUAUUCCAAGGUUACCUUUGUUAACUUCUUCUACAUUUGUUUUUUUUUUCUUCAUACACCAUUUUUGUAUUCUUUCAAUUGAGCUCUUCCUUUCUUCUUGUGGUUGGUUUUGUCAAAGUAAACUAUCACGGUGGUUAUUCAUAGUAGAUGGUUGUUGUCAUGGUAAGUGUUGUGGUGCAACCAUAGAGGAUGUAAGUUUUUUUCAUCUCUGCAAGUUGGAUUUGUGUCAUAAUAAAUAUACGGAUUAACAAUUUGUAUAACUUAUACUGGUUGACUAUCCAUUUGGAUUAUACGGAUUGUUAAUUAGUCCGUAUAUGUUCAAUACACAAAAAAUGUAGAUGAUAGUGAAACUCACAAUGACAAUUACAAGACGAUGGUGGCCGCCAACAACGAACACACACGAAUUGAUGAAGAUGAACAACAUGCAAGCUUUUUAGACAUUGUAUUCUCUUGGAGUCUUAAGGAUGCUCUGAAUGAAGAUCUUUACAAACAUAAGGUACAAAGGAUACCGGAGACGUUUAUGUCAACUUCUGAUUACUUGAACUCCUUCAUCCCUCCGUUGAUAGAGGAAACACGUUCUGAUCUGUGUUCAAGCUUGAAGGGUGUGUCUCGUGCUCCUAUUUGUGAAAUCUGGACUGUUAUAAGGGACAGGUUCUUUAAACUCCCCAAUAGCUUAUUCUAUCUCAUAAAACUGAAGACUCGAACCGAUGAAGUUGAAGAUGAAGUGAAAGAAGAUAUUGGAUCAUAUGAACCUGAGCCAGGAGAUAUAUUUGCCUUCACAGAUAUUAGACCCAAAAACAUUGGUGACUUGAUCAAUAGGCCCAAAUUAAGCUACGUUAUUGCUUAUGUGUGUGGCCGAAAAGAUGCAAACACUAAUGAAAUCCCAAUACGGGCAUCUAAGUGCUUGGAGAUGGAUAUUGAAUUUGAAUUUAGUAGAAACACGAAACAAAAACUAUAUGCAACCUAUCUUUUGAACCUGACGACCAAUAUUCGUAUUUGGAAGGCUUUGAAGUACAAGGGGGAGGAAGCAAACAUGAACAUCAUUAAAGAUGUUCUUCAACCAGAUUUAAGUAGAGGAGUUGACUGUCAAAAUUGCAAAUGUAGAAAAAGCGUUAUACCUGUCUGUAAAUGGUACCCACUUCGGUCUCAGAAUCUGAAUGAAUCCCAAGAAGUUGCUAUUUCAAGCUGUCUUACUAUGUGUGACCAUAUGGUUACUAAACUUAUAUGGGGCCCUCCAGGGACUGGAAAAACAAAAACACUUGCUUGCUUGUUACGUUGCCUGCUUAGGGUUAGGCACAGAACAUUGGCAUGUGCUCCUACUAACACUGCAGUUUUGGAAGUGGCAGCUCGGUUGCGAAAUCUAGUUAAUGGUUCACUUGGAUUUGAUACAUAUGGGUUGGGUGACAUAGUUUUGUUCGGCAAUAAAUCCAGAAUGAAAGUAGAUUCUUAUACCGGCCUCCGAGAUGUGUUUCUUGAUCAUCGCGUACAAAAUCUGUCGAAGUGCUUUGAUCCACUGAGUGGUUGGAAGCAUUACUUGGAAUCAAUGAUCCAGUUACUUGAAGACCCUAAGGAACAAUAUUCCUCGUAUGAGAAAGAGAAGGGUAUUUAUGUGAUAAUUGAUGAAGCAGCCCAGCUCAAAGAAUGUGAAUCAGUCAUUCCGUUAAAGCUUCCAGGAUUAAAGCAUAUUAUCCUAGUAGGUGAUGAGAAACAACUUCCUGCAUUGGUCAAAAGCAAGAUUGCUGAAAAGGCUGAUUUUGGAAGAAGUUUGUUUGAGAGGCUGGUGCUUUUAGGAGACAGCAAGCAUAUGCUAAAUGUUCAGUAUAGAAUGCAUCCAUCCAUCAGCUUAUUUCCAUUCAGUGAGUUCUAUGAUGAGAAAAUUUCUGAUGGACCCAAUGUCUUGGAAAGAAGCUAUAAUGAGCGGUUCCUUGAGGGGGAAAUGUAUGGUUCAUAUUCUUUUAUUAACGUUUCUAAGGGCAAAGAGCAAUUUGGUCGUGGAGGAUAUAGUUCCAAGAACAUGGUUGAGGCUGCUGUUAUUUCUGAGAUUAUUCGAAGCCUCAAAAAAGAGUAUUUAAGGUCAAGGAAAAAAGUUAGCAUAGGAAUCAUAUCUCCAUACAAUGCUCAAGUGUAUGAAAUCAAGGAAAAAGUUGAGAAGUACAAUUCCGUUUCUUUUCCUGAUUUCUCUUUUAGUGUUCGUUCUGUGGAUGGUUUUCAAGGGGGAGAAGUAGAUAUUAUAAUAAUCUCAACUGUGAGAUCUAAUGGCAGUGGAAAAGUUGGUUUUCUUUCCAAUAGACAAAGGGCAAAUGUUGCUCUGACGAGGGCGAGAUAUUGUCUUUGGAUAAUAGGAAAUGCAACAACCUUAGUCAAUAGUGACUCUGUAUGGAGAAAGGUAGUUCUUGAUGCUAAGACAAGAGAUUGUUUCUACAAUGCUGAAGAUGACAGGAAACUGGCUCUUGCUAUUGAGCUUGAACUGCUUGAAGAAUCUGAGUCACGGUUUAAGAAACUCAGCCUAUGGGAUAAGUAA